CCGGGUGAGCGCGGAGCCCCUCCUCCAAGACACACCUUUUCCUCCGUGGUCCUCCGGCGUUCCUUACCUUCCUUCCGCUCCUCGCAGCCUCGUUGUCUGGCUGUGAACUCUCACCCCCAGCUGCCUGGGAAAUGUCACACAGGCAGGGAGGCCCGUGCUGCAGUAGUGGGGGGGCGUAAUAGGAAGGAAAUAACAACAUUUUUCCUCCGCACUCGGCGCAUCAUUCAGCAGAGACCCUCUGCCUCAUCCCGCUACCAGCACCAGCAGCAGCCGCAGCAGCAGGACCAGCCGCAGAAACGCACCGCGGUGUCGGUGCUCGUUUCUGAUUAAAGCUGAUAUAUAUUAAUAAGAGAGAGAGAGAGAGGAAAAAAGACCCUGGCAUGGCAGACAUGGGACAGAGCAGUCAUCCUCCCUCGAAGAUGUCCGCGCAGGAGGCUAACAGGCUCGUGAAGCAGCUGCCCAGUAGAAGAUCCUGGGAUUGAGACGUGAAUCCCUUUACGCCGAUGGCCUGGACUGAGUUUCAGCUGGCCUGCUGAAGCUAUGGGGAGCUGCUGGAGCUGUCUUUACAGAGACCCCAUCCGAGACAACCAUCUCACCAAAUUUAAGGUCAUCAAUGUGGACGAUGAGGGCAACGAGCUGGGGUCUGGGAUCAUGGAGCUCACCCAGACCGAGCUCAUCCUUCACACGCGCAAAAGAGACGCCAUCCGGUGGCCGUACCUCUGCCUGCGACGCUACGGCUACGACUCCAACCUGUUCUCCUUCGAGAGCGGCCGCCGCUGUCAGACGGGGCAGGGAAUCUUUGCGUUCAAGUGUUCCCGGGCUGAAGAGAUCUUCAACCUGCUCCAGGAGCUGAUGCAAUGCAACAGCAUCAACGUGGUGGAGGAGUCAAUGAUGAUGAGUCGCAGUGGCCACACACCAGAGAUGGACAUGUCUCGCACACCGCAGACUCCCAACGCUCCAGCUUUUCCUGUCCAGUCCUUUCCAAACGGAUAUCCAGGUUAUCCCAUGAGAGGGGACUCCUCCCAACCAUCUCUGGAGGAUCAUGGACACAGCCUCAUGGGGUUGGAAGACCAGACUCACACGUAUGUGAAUACCGUGAGUAUGGACGGGGAUCUUUCCAUGCGUCACUGUGUGCACUCCCUGCCUGAGGUGCGGCCCAACGCUUUGCCCGAAACGACGCGCGGCAGCAUGCCCGUUGUGGGCCAAGGGAACCCACAGUCCAACCUGAGAUGCUGUCCGCUGGAAGAGCGCAAAGACCCCCAGGUGUUCCUGCAGCCGUCCUCGCAGGAGGUCAAGUUCAUGCUGGGGCCCACUCCGGCUCAGCGCCAUCUGAUGGAGAGGGAGCGGCUCGGCCACAAUCCUCACAGCCUUCAGCCAGCGGAGGGCGCCACAGGCUCAGAGACGGAGGGGGACGAGCCCGCCAUGCACCUGUGCAACUCUCACUCCUAUCACCAUUUCCAUCACCACAUGCACCGGCACCCGAGCCACGAUCACGCGGACAGCUCCCAGAGCGGCGAGCUCACCUACGAGAACAUCAACGGCCUGCGGAGCGGCCGCAAGCAGCGCCUGAGCCCCAGCAGCGUGUCGCAGUCGGUGGGCUCCAGCAGCAGCAGCAGCACCGGGGACAGCCACUCGCACUCGCUGUUGCACUCCCACGGCCACGGCCCCUCGUCCCUGCCGCCUCAGGGCUACGCCUGUGAGAGGGGCAUGGGCGGGGGCCACCGUCGGACAGCUCUUCUCAACUACGAGAACCUGCCCUCGCUGCCGCCAGUGUGGGAGUACAGCGCCCUGCAUCGGGACGACGAGCAGGAGGAGGACGACGAAGAUCAGGACGAGGACGAGUACGAGGAAGAGGAGGACGACUUUGACGAGUACGAGUUCUCGGAGGGCCCCGGGACGCCCAACGGGUACCACCAGGACAGUCGGGGUAUCCACAGAGACGCCCUUCAGAACUACGUCAACACGGAGCAGGUGCAGCCGCCCCGGCUCCGGCACCCCUGCCCCCCGCAUCCCCGGGCGUGUCGGCCGGACAGCGGGGGGCGGAUAUUUAGCUUUGAUUUUCGAAGGCGGUCGCGUUCGGGGGUGGGAGGUUGCGAGCACAGCCACAUGCCCGCGUCGCGGCAGCUGAAUUACAUCCAGGUGGACCUGGAGGACGACCCUCCCCGCCAGGGCCUCAGCAGCGGGGGUCCCCAGCCACAGCACCAGCGUCUACCACCCAAAAAAUGUGGCCCGCCGGUACCCAGGCGCAGCGAGUGCUACGCCGUCAUCGACCUGAAGAAGACCGCCGCCAUGUCCAACCUGCAGAAAGCGCUGCCCAGGGAUGAUGGGACUUCCAGAAAGACUCGCCACAACAGCACAGACCUGCCUCUGUAAAUGAAGUUGAGACUGAAGACAGAUGAAGGCUCAUCCUCAUGUUAGCACACUGGACCCUUCACUGUCACCCAUCCAUUCGAGCGUCGGGCCGACUAAAACGGUACAGGUACCCAUUUAGAAACUCAAUGAAAGUGAAUAAUGAGUGGUAAUGAGUAAUGUCUGAGGAGAAUUUGCCAAUUUGUCUUUUUAUUUGUCAAAAAUCAGGUUAAAACUCUCUCAAGAGCAUUAAGGCUCACAUAAAAUACAUUUAUACAGUGCCUUGCAAAAGUACUCGUGUCUCUUAAGUCUCUUUUUAAGUCUUUGUGAUGUUAUAAACACAAACUCGAAUGCCUUUUUAGGGGGAGAUUUAAACGAUGGACCAACACAAGUUAGUGCCAAACUGUGGCGUGAAUGAAAAAGGAUAUAUUUUGAAAGACUUGUCAUAGACUCCUAAUUGGACUUAGAUCCAGGCAUAUGUUGCAUUGUUGUGAUCUAAACCAUCAAAUUAUAGUUAUGGCUGCAUGUUUAGGGUUUUUUUU